CGUAUUCAAACGUGCAGAAAGAAAAAGAAGAAAUAUAGUCGUGUUGAACAUGCAUCCAAAUAAAUGUUGGGUGUUAAUCCUUCUGCCAAUUUUAGCCGUGCAAGGACAACUGGAAAUAUUCGAACGCGCUUUUGGUCUAAACGAACCAGUGGGCGGUGCUAAAACUGAAAUAUCCGAAGUUGAAGAUUUGACUCAUGGAAGUAUUAGUCCCGUUGCUGUGGAAAUGCCGAUCGAUCAAAAUGUCGAGCAAUUGCAACUCGAUGCAACGGAAAUUGCAUCAAGAAUGCUACUUACCGAUGAGAUGAAUAGUGCCUACGUUAGUUAUGAUGCAUCGGACCGUCCCGAAUGGGAGCAGCACUCGCCGGAUUUGAAUCAAUUGCCGGCCAACUACGUCAUCAGCGAGACCAGACUGAAAGAAAUCAGAUCCAAACUGAUGUACUGGUACUUUGGUAAGGGUGGCAACAACCACAUGGGCGACUAUCAAAGGGACAUUCACAAUUCAAUAGCGCAGAUUCACAAGAACUUCAACUUCCAAUUGCCGUUCUUCGGCUUUCGUUACAAUUACACGAGGCUAUCGAUGAAUGGUUUUCUGGAAUUCAGCGAUCCACCUGAGCAUUAUACUUAUCCACUGGUAUUUCCAGUAAAAGACUGGCCUAAAAGCAACGAUCCAGCUUUCAUUGGGAUUUUCUUUAGCAAAUGUCGCAUUGGCAACCUCAAUCUAGAUGACGCUGAUCGCCGCAAGCCUGGCGUUUAUUUCCGUCUAGAGCGCGAUCUUCAGAAGAGGACCGACAAGUUUGGUGUGGAGGUGCGCGAGCGCCUGGUGUGGGAUAUUCGCGAGGGUGUCGUCGGUGCGGAUACUUUCCAGCCGAAACAUGCGGUGAUUGUCACGUGGAAGAACAUGUCAUUCGCAGGUGGUAUCGAUAUAUCCCUUGGCAGUACCAACACCUUUCAGAUGGUAUUGGCUACCGAUGAAGUCUACACUUACGCGAUCUUCAAUUAUCUUAAUAUACAGUGGACCACCCAUACCGAAGCAGGUGGUGACACUACUGGUGGAGAGGGUGGUGUACCUGCUUACAUCGGGUUCAACGGGGGAAAUGGGACGCAAAGCUACGAGUACUUGCCCUACUCGCAAAUGUCAACGUUGCGCGACCUUCCAAGUCGCGGCUGGGUAAAUGGUUUUCCCGGUAGGCAUAUUUUCCGUAUCGACGAGAAAAUCAUGCUUGGCAACUGUAACAAGGAUAUUGCCGGAGCACAUUUGCCAUUGACAUUUGCACCGGAAAGUGGCAAUAUGUUAGGUGGUACAGUUGUCAAUAUCACUGGUCCAUGCUUCCAACCAACCGACAAGAUCAAGUGUCGUUUUGACACUGAAGUAGUGGCCGGCAAGUAUGUUGACACGAAUAGGGCUAUUUGUGUGCAGCCAUUUGUGUUGGCUGAAGGCUAUGUCAGAUUGGCGGUAUCCAUCAACGAGGGUAGAUACGACUGGAAAGGAUUUUACUUCAUUGAGGCACCAUCACAGGCAACUGAGAAAAUAUUCUUUACCACGCGAGCUGUUCACGAGCGCGAUCCGGCUGAAAUAAAGAUUACUUGGAAUCAGUAUAACUUGACUAGUAACACUGCCGCAGUCGUGCAAAUAUCACUUUGGGGCUAUAGAGAGACGACCAUUAAACCUGAACUCGAAUACAUCAACAUGAUUGAAGAAGGUACCACCAACACUGGCGCAUAUACGAUAACCCCUGCAAAUUUCAAAAAUAGACAAGACUAUAGAACUCUUGAUAUGGAAUUUGGAUUUAUUCAGAUAAACUUAACCAAUCCUCAUCAAUAUAAUGAUCUUGAAAUUAGCCCAGUACUGUGGAGUCGUCCCAUCCCUUUAGGCUGGUAUUUUAAUCCACAAUGGGAGCGUCGAUACGGUGAAAAAUGGCCUCAUUACCUAUGUGAUAAAUGGCUCAUGAACGAUCGCUACCUCAAAAAUUUUGCUGCGGGUAUAUCUUUGUGUCCUUGUACUCUCGAACAUGCACUUUCCGAUAAAGGACGUUUUUUAGCCGAUCCAAACUGCGACAAAGACUCGAACCCCGAUUGUUUCUAUAACAAAGGUGCCGUACAUUGCGUUAUCACCGGUGCACCUAAUUGGGACGGUUCCGAGCAACAAUGUUGCUAUGACAAGAACAGUAUGCUGAUGUUAUCGUAUGAUCAGCAAUGGGGUUCCAAGCCACGUCGUUCUCACAAUCUUGGUUUCUUACCGUGGAACGAAGCUAACAAAGUUCCUACUUUGUCACAGUGGUACCACGACGUUCGUCCUAUGUAUACCUGUUGUUUUUGGCAAGAAGAGCAAGCCGUUGGUUGCGAAACUUUACGUUUCGAACGCCGCCCGUCUCAGGAUUGUAUUGCAUAUCAAUCACCGGCUAUUGGUGCUGUAUUUGGUGAUCCCCAUAUUGCAACUUUCGAUGGUCUUGAAUACACUUUCAAUGGUAAAGGAGAAUUUGUAUUGGUAAGGGUAGAUGAUUUGAAGGAUAAGCUCGACAUUCAGGGAAGGUUCGAACAGUUGCUUGAUAAUUUUUGGGGAGAGGUCAGAGCUACACAUCUUACUGCUAUUGCAGCGAGAGGUAACAAUACAGCAACUAUCGAAGUGAGGUUGAGACCAAGUUACGCGCAAUGGCGUUACCGAUUGGACGUGUUCAGCAACGGCAAGCGUGUAUACUUUGAUCGGAAUUCUCUAAAAGUUCAACAUUUCCCUGGUGUCAUUGUCUACACUCCCAACUAUAUUCUCAAUCAAAGUGAAGUUAUAAUAAUGUUCGAUACCGGUGCUGGUGUUGAAGUUAUAGAAAAUCAAGGUUUUAUGUCAGCUCGAGUGUAUCUACCUUGGACUUACAUGAAUAAAACUAAAGGACUGCUUGGUAACUGGAGUCAUGACAUCAUUGAUGACCUGACUAGUCCAGAUAAUCUAAUAACGUCUAGCAGCAAUUUGAAUAAUUUUGAAACGGUGCACAAAGACUUUGCCAUAAAAUGGAUGUUAGAGGAUAAAGAAGAUCCAACUAAAGGUGGGGCUUUAUUUCAUCGCGAGUCUGGACGUACUGCCAGUUAUUACAACAACAAAACGUUCGAACCUGAAUGGAGAAAAAUGCCUGAAGAAUUUCUGAACAGUACUCGGCAGGAGGAUAUUCGCAAUGCACAUGACUACUGCGGUGACUCUUAUCAGUGUAAAUACGAUUAUGCAAUGAGCUUGAAUCGUGAUUUGGCGCAUUUCACGAAGAAUUACUAUGACACCUGGACGCAAAUACGGGAGACCAAUCUAAAAAGGACGAUAUCGUGUGGAAUUUUGGAAACACCUCGAUUUGGUCGUAAAAGUAACUUCUUGUUUAUACCGGGUACGAGAGUGACGUUCGAGUGCAAUCAAGGUUUUGUACUUGUCGGUGAUCAAAGGAGAAUUUGUUUGCCUGAAGGACGUUGGGACUUACCUGAAUAUGGAUACACCGAGUGUCUUCGUCAGCAAGAAUACGCCUCCCGACAGGCAGGAAUGGCAUUUGGCAUCCUACUCGCAAUCUUCAUACCUAUAUUAUUACUUGGCGUCUGUGUGGCUUACCGAUUAUUACAGAGUCGUCGGGAGGAACGCGAGUGCGAGGAAGCUCUUGACAGGACUAGGAGGCAGGAAAUACAGAGAAUACGCAAACUCAAUGAAGCGCAGGAUACACCUGGGUCUACCUUUGAAAAGAGCCCGGACAAUUAAUUUUAUAUUGAUUAUAUAGUUGGAUAUUUAUUUAUUUGACGAAGGGUGCUCGAAUGAGAUGAAUAAUAUGUUUAUUAGGAACCAUUCUACUUCCAUGGAUAUCGAUUUAUUUCACUUUGACAAUUAAAUAAUCAAAUGAAUGCGCUUAGAUUUUUUAAAUACCAAAUCGUAUUUUCUAUGUCGUGUAUUUUUUACAUAUUAUUUAAAUAGCUAAGAUAUAUCUUUUAAGUGUCAAGUAAACAAUAUUAAUUAUUGAGACCAUUUUUAUAAAUAUCAUUUUAUUUACAUAUACAACAUCUUAUAAUUUCCAACCUACAUAUAUUCUAUAAGAGCUAUAUGUCAUACCAGUUAGUUUAUUGGUUUCAUAAUACUGAGCUUAUAAUAAUGUUUUAUACCUUUAUACUUGGAUAUGCUACCAUUAAGAAAUAACUUUUAAUUAGUAUAAACAUUUUAUUUAGGUUGUAUUACAUGCACAAUUAUAAUGAUAAUAAAUGAUGGAACACAAUUUAAAUAUAUUUUAUUCUUGCCACUAUCAUAAAAUAUGUUACACAUUUUAUGCGCGCGCGUGCACGUAUAGUCUGUCCUAUUUUAACUUAGACAAUAGGAUAUCUCAAAAUUUUUCAGGAAUCAACUGACAAUAAUGUCAAAUUUAACUGUAAACAUGAUUUUGAAGAUCAUUUCAAGGUUAAAUUUGUUUUCUUUUUAAAUAAUACGCAUUUGUGGAGGUUCAACCCAAAGUCAUGCGAUAUUUAAACUUAAUCUUUUAUUCUGAAUUCGAAAUAUUAAGUUUGAACGCUGACGUAAGAAGCGAAGUAGUCUUACUCACGAGAGAAUGCUUAUCACGUUAGUGACAGAAUGUAAUCAUACGGCGUAAAAAACCCUUUCUUCUCAGUUACUUAAGUUCAGUAUUUAAGCCUUCUCACUAACUAUAAAAUCUUACAGUCCCUGGAGAAGGUGUGUAUACGUGCGUUAAGGUAAGAUCGUAUAGAAAUCCAGGCAGUCAAGGCUUUUGCCGCAUACUAAAGAUGCAUCCAUUCAAUUCGUAUCGGGAAUGCGGGACGACCCUCAUAUCAGGAGUUGGGGAAGAUCACCCGACGAUCAUGCGAUACUCAAAUUUCUUUUUUUAUUCCGAAUUCGGAAUAAGCGGAAAAUUCUACAAAUGAGCUUUUAUGUUGUGAUCAAUCAUUUUUUCUACAUUGCCGUACCGGUUGUUAAGCUGUCUGUUAAUUUGUACAGAGGUAAGGAGCCAGGGGGCCUUACUCACAAUAAUUGCUUAUCGCGUUAUUGACAGGACCUACCAGUCGCAAAGCUUUUGGCCCGUAGCUGCUUAAGUUCAGUGUUUUAACCUUCCUCCCAGCUACAAGAUUUUAACUCCUGCAGAAGGUUGUACGCGUGCGUUAAGGUGUAAGAUCGUGUAGAAACUCAGGCAGUCAAGGCAAGAUCAUACACUAAAGAUGCAUCCAUUCGAUUAUGAAUGAAAUGUUUGAAAUGUCCACCACUAAUUUCGCAAACACAACGGCAAUCGCUGGUGAAAAUUACGCUGUAUAUUUCUGUAUAUUUCCGAACUUAUCGUUUCACAAGCUCUUCUAAGGAGAUCCCUCAUAAAUAAAAUUUUUCACAUAUCCCCACGAAAAUAAAUUAAGUAGGCUCAAAUUAGGUGAUCUAGGAGGGUAUGCGAUUGAUUGACUUUGUCUAAUUCGUCAAUCUAAAAAUUGCUGAUUUAAGAGCGUUCGAACGAUAUAAAAAUAAUAAGCAGGAGCACCGUAUUUUGUUGAAGCCAUUCAUUCAAUUUAACUACAAUCGGAACAUUCUCAGGGUAUCCUGUCAAAUUAUUUUAGUGAAAUGCUAAAUACAUUGGACCAUCAAUAGCCCGUUCAAAACAAUUACGUGACCAUUGAACAUGCCAACCCAUAUAUGUUGACUCCAAAGAUGUUGAUUGAGUACCUCACGAUAUCUAUGUGAACUCGUUGCUGACAAAUAAUUUCUCUUGGGUCUAUUCAAACUCCCGUUUCUAUUGAAUAUUACUUCAUCGCUGAAACAAAACUUCCAAACAAAAUCAGGAUUUUCAUUCAACAUGUCUUGAGCCCAUCUAAAAAAUUAUGUCCUAAGUAUAUUAUCUUAACUAGACUUAAUUAGACUUAAUUCUUGUGCGACGAGUAGAGUAAUGUGACAAGAAUGAUAUCGGAUAGAUUUCAAUAAUCUGUGAACCGUAGUUCGAGGAACUUACUUACCGUUCGGUUUAACUCGAGGAUUUAAAUGGAUCAUUACCUGUUCGCGCAUACUACGCUCCCUAGUUUUCUUGAUCACUUGCACACUUUUUCUUAAGACAACAGUUUUUCGAUGGACGAAUGACCCGAAACCAAGCAGUAAACGUGCGUGCUCUCGUGUUUCAACAGUAGCUAUGCCUGGUCCACAUGUUAGAAAUGUGGCUCUCAAUCGCCUCGCUGAGCAUAUUCACACUAACCGGGGAAACCCUAGCCUAUAAACGUGUGAAUUGAAAUUAGUCUGCAAGAAGUGGUCACCCUAGCGCCCUCCACUCAGGUAGCGAAUGAUAAACACGCGCCAUGUGUCACUCUCCUCGACCGACUGGACCCUUUGAGGACCCAAAGCAGAAAAGGGAGGAAAACUCUCCACCCACUUAUCGCCGCUUUCUACGAGAUGUUCUGCGAGCAGAGGCGCUGUCGUCAGUUCAGUUGUCUGAAUAUCUAGUUAUGCACACUCACCUAAAGAUACCUCUCCGUCUUAGUUGUGUCUCGCACGUGCGAUCCUCUGUGACAGCUACGAGUUUACUGACAAGUUCUCUGCAAUAUUCAUCGUACGUGCGUGCAUGUGUAUGUAUUUCUGCAAAUUACACCGUGCGCGCGCCUCGUGGGCAUCUGACGGGGCUAGCGACGGAUCUUCCACUGCGCUAGCUAAGAACCCUUCGCUCCUAUAAGGUGUGGCCAAACCCCGCUGCCUCCAAAUUGGCAACCCGGAAGUAUCGUAGUGAGGGCUAUUUCCGUCUUCGAGACGUCGGAACUACGUGCUCCUCUCUUCGUCCUAGCGUCACCUUCCCAUUCGACGAGAACUUAAUUGCUCGAGCGUUGGUCGUCCAAAGGUCAGAGAGCUCUCAACCUAAGCGCGUCCAACUGGCCAAUUUAUCGAUUUUUGUACAGGCUACGCGAGCCUCACCGUUAAUUAGUUAAUAGUAUUACAAAUUGGAUUGUUAUAACAAUUAACUUGAUUUGUAUCCAUCUCACCGCGUUUUCCCUCCCUAUGAGAUUUUUUAUGUACGCUAAUAAAUUCUCGAUUUAUCAUACAAAUAAUUUCAUUAUUUGUGCACCUACACACCCUUCACCUAGUAGUAACUUUUCACUUUCCUCUUGUUCUUUUAAAUUAAACAAUACUAAAACUAUAAUCAACCUCAUGGAUUAUUUUUAUUUUAGAGUUCUAUUUUUUCGUCAUUGACAACGUAUUAGAUUAUUCCGUGAUCUCACUUCAAUGUCUAUCACUUAUUAUGGUGAAGAAUGGCGCCGACUGGGAGAUCUUUAGGCUUAAGUACGAGCAGUAAAAAUAUAAUUACUAUUGCAUUCACUAAUAUUAUUAUAAUGUUAACAGCUUCAUUGAGAGGAUAGUUAGUCAUUCUACAUAUUUCUUAGAGAUACUAAACGCAUGAAGCAUUGUAAUAGAGAACUAUGGAAUCGAAAAAAUGUUCGUACUAAAUCAUAAACGAGAGAAAGCUUUUUUUAUUGUUGAAGACAGUGUUUUUUUUUAUCGACAAAAAAGAUUCUUAUACUUUUCUGGAAUGUAACUUUAUUGAAGUUAUAAGAAUCUCUCUAAUAUCACAGCUUUAUCUGAUGAUUACCUUUUUAUUGCAAUCGUGAACUUAGGCGGAUCAGGGAUAUCGGGCUGCGUGAGUGAUAGGUCCUGUGAAUAUCGCAGUAAGAAGUCGAUUGUGAGUGAGACUUCUUGGCUGCCUAAGUCAGUGUGAACCCCAACAACCAAUG